AUGAGAGGGGAAUGGAAUGGUUUACAAGCUUUAUUUCUCAAUGAUUACCGACAAGCAUAUUAUGUCCAUUGUUUUGCUCAUAGAUUGCAGUUAGCACUAGUGGCUACUUCAAGGGAAGUACUUCAAAUUCAUGAGUUUUUCACACAAUUGACUGCUGUUGUCAAUAUUGUUGGUGCAUCUUGCAAACGACAUGAUCAACUACAAGAAGCUCAAGAAAUUGAAAAUGAAAAAUUGAUUGCUAAUGAUGAGCUAAAAACAGGUCAAGGUGCAAAUCAAAUAGGCACUUUACAAAGAGCUGGAGAUACAAGAUGGAGUUCUCACUUUUAUUCUGUUUGUAGCUUGAUAAGAAUGUUUGCAGCUACUCAAACCGUUCUUAAUAACAUUAUUGAUGAUGGUACAACUUCUGCUCAAAGAGGUGAGGCUUAUGGUGUCAAUAAAGUGCUAUCCUCGUUUGAAUUUGUUUUUUUGUUACAUUUGAUGAAGGAAAUUAUGGGGAUUACUAAUAUUUUGUGCCAAGCAUUACAACAAAAAUCUCAAGAUAUUUUGAAUGCAAUGCAUGUUGUUUCUACAUCAAAACUACUUCUUCAAAAAUUAAGGAAUAAUGGUUGGUGCAAUUUACUUGAGAUUGUUAAGAAGUUUUGUGAGAAACAUGAAAUUGACAUCCCUAAUAUGAGUACACAAUACACGGUUGGAAGAGGUCAAUCUCGUCAACCAAAGAUAACAAUUGAGCAUCAUUAUCGAGUUGAUGUAUUUUUGGCAGCAAUUGACUUUCAAAUUCAAGAGUUAAAUAGUAGAUUCAAUGAGGAAACCAUGGAGCUUUUGACUUUAAGUAUUGCUUUGGACCCUAAAGAUAAUUUUAAGUUGUUUAAUAUUCAAAAUACAUGCAAGUUAGCUGAAAAGUUUUAUCCUUCAAAUUUUUCUGAUCAUGAAAUGAUUCUCUUGAAUGCUCAAUUGCAACAUUAUGCAUUUGAUAUACCGAAUCAUCUAAAAUAA